AGAGCAGUGCCUGCCAUGGAUGAGGAUAAGCUCCCAUCUGUACUGCCUGGGGAAGAUGGUGCCACCCGGGACCCCAGCCUGGAGUCUGAGGAGGAGCCCCCAGUCCAGAAUGGAAUGGCAGCCAGCGAGGACCUGAAUAGUAGCCAUGACAGCCCAGGACGUGAGAUAAGGAGCACCCUGGUGGACACUGAGGAGCCCACAAAGGGCCCGGACAUGGCCCUCCACGGCCUCAGCCUUGGCCUCUCCCUCACCAAUGGUCUAGUCCUGGGGCCAGACUCGAACAUUCUCGAUGAUUCUACGGGGUCCAGGCCCUGGAGGGCGGGUGGGCUAGCAGGAGAAGAUGCCUCCCGGAGCUUUUGUCCAGACACUGAGGACCCUCAAUCAGGGCUGGGUGGCCCUGGAGAGCCAGAUGUACGGGACGGCUUCAGUGCCACGUUUGAGAAGAUUGUGGAGUCGGAACUGCUACGGGGCACCCAGUACAGCAGCCUCGACUCCCUAGACGUGCUGAGCCUCACGGACGAGAGCGACAGCUGUGUCAGCUUUGAGGCUCCCCUUACACCCCUCAUCCAGCAGCGGGCCCGUGACAGCCCCGAGCCAGGGAGUUCUUUGGGCAUUGGGGACAUGGGGCCCGAAGGGGACAUGGGAGCAGCUGGCGGUGAUGGGGAGCUGGGCAGCCCCCUGCGGCGUUCCAUCUCCAGCAGCCGCUCAGAGAACGUCCUGAGCUGCCUGUCUCUCACGGCCGUGCCCAAUGGCUUCCAUGAAGAUGGACUCCAGGGCCCAGGUGGGGAGGAGGAGGAGGACGAGGAGGAGGACACGGACAAGCUGCUGAACUCGACCAGUGACCCCAGCCUCAAGGAUGGCCUGUCCGACUCCGACUCAGAGCUGAGCAGCUCGGAAGGGCUGGAGCCUGGCAGCACAGAUGCGCUGGCCAACGGGUGCCAGGGGGUCAGUGAGGCUGCUCGCCGGCUGGCUCGCCGCCUCUACCACCUCGAGGGCUUCCAGCGCUGUGACGUCGCCCGGCAGCUGGGCAAGAACAACGAGUUCAGCAGGCUGGUGGCCGGGGAGUACCUCAGCUUCUUCGACUUCUCAGGCCUGACUCUGGACAGAGCGCUCAGAACCUUCCUGAAGGCCUUCCCGCUGAUGGGGGAGACGCAGGAGCGAGAGCGGGUCCUCACUCACUUCUCUCGCCGGUACUGCCAGUGCAACCCUGAUGACAGCACCUCGGAAGAUGGGAUCCACACGCUCACCUGUGCCCUGAUGCUGCUCAACACGGACCUGCAUGGACAUGUGAACAUUGGCAAGAAGAUGUCCUGCCAGCAAUUCAUUGCCAACUUGGACCACCUGAAUGAUGGCCAAGACUUUGCCAAAGACCUGCUGAAGGCCCUUUACAACUCCAUCAAGAAUGAAAAGCUGGAAUGGGCCAUUGACGAGGAUGAGCUGAGGAAAUCACUGUCUGAGCUGGUGGAUGACAAGUUUGGGACCGGCACAAAGAAGGUGACACGGAUCCUGGAUGGUGGCAACCCCUUCCUGGAUGUCCCACAGGCUCUCAGCGCUACCACCUACAAGCAUGGUGUGCUGACCCGGAAGACCCACGCUGACAUGGAUGGCAAGAGGACGCCCCGUGGGAGGCGUGGCUGGAAGAAAUUCUAUGCGGUGCUCAAAGGGACCAUCCUGUACCUGCAGAAGGAUGAGUACAGGCCUGACAAAGCUCUGUCUGAGGGUGACUUGAAGAACGCCAUUCGCGUGCACCAUGCUCUGGCCACCCGGGCCUCUGACUACAGCAAGAAGUCCAACGUGCUCAAGCUGAAGACAGCUGACUGGAGGGUCUUCCUGUUCCAGGCACCGAGCAAAGAGGAAAUGCUGUCCUGGAUCCUUAGGAUCAACCUGGUGGCCGCCAUCUUCUCAGCCCCGGCCUUCCCAGCUGCUGUCAGCUCCAUGAAGAAGUUCUGUCGGCCCCUGCUGCCCUCCUGCACCACUCGCCUCUGCCAGGAGGAGCAGCUGCGUUCUCAUGAGAAUAAGUUGAGGCAGGUGACUGCAGAGCUGGCUGAGCACAGGUGUCACCCAGUGGAGAGGGGCCACAAAUCCAAGGAGGCGGAGGAGAGCCGGCUGAAGGAGCACUAUCUCACAUUCGAGAAAAGCCGUUAUGAGACCUAUAUCCACCUCCUGGCCGUGAAAAUCAAAGUGGGCUCGGAUGACCUGGAGCGGAUUGAGUCCCGGCUGGCCACCCUGGAAGGGGAGGACCCUUCCCUCCGAAAGACACACUCAAGCCCUGCCCUCAGCCAGGGCCAUGGAACUGUGACUGGCAGCAAAGCCACGAAGGAUACCACUGGACCUGAAACUUAG